AUGAAGGCAAUGGAGAGCCAGAGAAAGACUGAAACUGAUGAAUUGAUGACGAAAAAUCAGCAGCUUUGGUGCGAGUGGAUCUCACGCGCCACGAAAGUUUCUCCCAAAAACUUCACCGAGCUUUUCGUCUCUUCUCUCCGACUUGAGGUCUUCUCCGUGCUCGGCGCUUGCCGAUGCCAGGACGGCGGAAUAGCUUGUGGUGAGUUUGACGAUGGCGGAUCUGAGUUUCGAGUUGUGUCUCUCUUCGCCGGUUCGGUGGGUUCGCUGCAUCUCGUGAAAAGCUCCGGUGGAAGGUGGUGUGAAGAAGCGUGGGGAUGGCGGGUCCUCUGUCAGAUUCACUAA